AUGGCUACCGUAUUUUCGAAACAGCCCUUAACCAAGCACAACCUCGAACAACACAGCCAGCUUCUUCCCGGUCAACCUUCCACCGAGGCUGUCACUAUGUGGUUGGAAAAGGUCAUUGCAGAAGAACAGACCCACCGUUCAUCUUCCCGGAUGAGCAAGACCCUCUCCGGCAUGCAACUGCGGGCCGGAGACGCUGAUAUUGACGACUAUUUGGAUUGUCUUGAACAAGGGAUGCGGUCCUCUUUCACUGCCGCCACAACGGAUGCGGAUCAUUUCAAGAUGUUUGAGCAGCAGCGUCCUUUCAUGUACAUCGAAACUCCACUAGAGCGGUUUCUCACCCCAGGAUCCAGCGACCCAAGUUACUUCAGUCGUCCCACUCUAGCAAACAUGGGAUUUCGAUAUGAGGCAAAAGAGAGGACUGAUCUGGUUCGCGGUCAUGUGAAGGCAACAGAUGAGAAGGCUCUUCAUGCGCCAGAUCCAUCGUCCAGGUAA